CUUCGUUAUAUAAUAACAAAAUCCACAGGGUAAUAUCUCUUCCCUUCUACACGAGACGUUCACUCUGUCCCGAACAUCUCAGUCGAGAACAGUGCACCACAUUGAAAUUGUAUAUAUUUUACAGACUCGUGAAGUUUUGAACUGAGGUUUUACUCUUGGAAGGGCAAAAAUGUCAUCGAUCCUCAGUCUCCUUGUGUUGGCAGCAGUCGUGGGAUGUAUCAGAGCUGACAGCUUCUGCGAGUACACGGCGUCCUGGGACGACAAGACGCACUAUGAGUGGUGUGCUUAUGGCUGCUGUACCGAAUACGCAGAUGUUACAGAUGAUCCUUGCUGCGGAAUCUACACAUAUCCUGGUUUUAUCGCUGGUGUGGUGAUAGGCAGUAUCGUUCUUGUCGUUGCUGUUGUUGUGGCCCUCCUCUGCCGCCGCCGCAGACUGUUAGCCACCACAGUGACCUACGGUCAGUCAGGAGGGCCAAGUGUUAUCUCAACCACAG